AUGCCACGUGUAGGAUGUGGCAGAAUUUGUUGUUUACGACGCUUAUUGGUCUGGAUGCGGUACUCUCGCCGAGAAAAUUUUAUUCUCUUUGCUUUCUAUGACAGUCUUCGCGGGCUUGCAAUGUUUGUUUACAUGAUUCUUCUUCUUCUUCUUCUUCUUCUUCUUCUUCUUCUUCUUCUUCUUCUUCUUCUUCUUCUUCACUCUCUUCUGCUUUGUUAUGUUACUCACCUCCUCUACCUUCUUCUCCUUUGUUACACUCUCUUAUCCGCCAUCAUUUUCCUUCCUUUCUCCUUUGUUAGGCUUUCCUACACUUUCAGAUUCUUCAUUCCCUACUCCUUCAUCUUUUUCACUCUCUUCUUCUUUAUUAUGCUCCCUACUCCUCCAUCUAUUCCCUUCUCUUCUACUUUGUUAUACUCCUCAACACCUCCACCUUUUUCACUCUCUUCUCUUUUAUUAUACUCUCUUAUCCUCCAUCUUCUUCCUGCUUUCCUUCGUUAUGCUCCUCCCACCUCCAUCUUAUCCUUCUUUUUUUUGUAUGCUCUCUUCAUCUAUGUCUUCUUCACCCUCUUCUCUUUUGUUAAGCUUCCUUCCUCCUCCAUAUUCAUUACUCUCUUCUUCCCAUUCUUCUCCAUCUUCACUUUCUUCUUCUAUAUUAUACUCCCAACUCCUGCGUAUUUUUCCUUUUCUCUUUUGUUAUACUCCUUCCUUCUCCAUCUUUUUUUCCUUUUCUUCUUUGCUCAGCUCCUUAACUUCAUACUCUUCUCGUUUCUUUCUCAUCCCUUCCAUUUUUUUUUCUUCUUUUCUCCUCUUUUCAUGCUCUCCUACAUCUUCAUAUUCUUUGUUCUCUUCUUUUUUGUUAUACUCACCUCCAUCUAUAUAUUCUUCCUUCUUUUCCUCUUCAUUAUGUCACUCUUCUUCUCCAUCUUCUUCUUUCUCUUCUUCUUUGUGAUGCUAGCCUACACCUUCAUCUUCUUCUUUCUCUUCUUCUCUGUUAUGCUCCCGUUCACAUUAACCCUUAUUCCUUCUCUUCUUUUGUUUACUCUCUUCUCCUUCGUCUUCUUCAUGCUCUUCUUUUCACCCCUAUACCACCAUCUUCUUCCUUCUCUUCUUUUGUUAUCUUCUCUUUCUCGUCUAUCCUCUUCACUCUAUUCUCCUUUCUUAUGUUGCACUAUUCGUUCUCUUCUCCUUUGCUUUCCUCCUCUAAUUCUCCAUCUUCUUACACGUCCUUUCGGUUUUCUUGUUGUUCCUUUUCUUCUUCUUCUUCUUCUUUUUCUUCUUCUUUUUCUUUUUCUUUUUUUUCUUUUCCUUUUUUUUCUUUUUCUUUUUUUUUCUUUUUCUUUUUCUUCUUUUUCUUCUUCUUCUUCUUUUUCAUCAUCAAUUCUUUCCUUUCUUUUCAAAGACACUGUUCUUUGA